CCUGCUCGCCACUAUUCGUCAACGCGGGAUGUGCUAUCGGACUUGCGCUGCGUCGCUCUCUCUCUCUCUCCCUCUCUCUUUCUCUCUCUCUAGCAGUGCCUCUGUAAGGAGAAUCUUAUAAUCAGGUCACAUUUCACCGUAGAUCUCUAACCAAGAAGAAGGGAAGUCAGCCAGCGUGAAUCGCAUCUACAAAGAGCAUCACAAGCAGCCAUGGUCGGGAUGAGAGAUCUGGGGUAUUUUCUUGUCCCCGUCCUGGUUCUGGUGGGGUCCUCGAUGCAAGCGGACGUGAAAUCUGGAAAAGAAGCGCAGAAUGCGGGGAAUUUCAUGGAAGAUGAGCAAUGGCUGUCCACCAUUUCCCAAUACAGCCGCAAGAUCAAACACUGGAAUCGCUUCAGAGACGACGAUUACAUCCGAACAUUGGAAGAAAACCCAGGCUCUGAUGAAAACGUGGACACCACCAAGGACCCCUGCCAGAAGGUGAAAUGCAGCCGGCACAAGGUGUGCAUCGCCCAGGGCUACCAGAGAGCCAUGUGCGUCAACCGCAAGAAGCUGGAGCACAGGAUCAGACAGCCAGCCCUUAAGCCUCAUGAAAGUGGCUGUAAGCCAUGCCCUGUGUCUGCCUCCACGCCAGUGUGUGGCUCCGAUGGACACAACUACGCCUCCCAGUGCAAGCUGGAGCAGCAGGGAUGCCUCACAGGGAAAGAAUUGACUGUGAAGUGCGCUGGCCUUUGCCCCUGCACCACUGAUGCGAUUCCCACCUCCGACACGCAGGGCAAACAUGGCAACUGCACUGGGCAGGACCUCGCAGACCUAGGCGAUCGCCUGCGAGACUGGUUCCAGCUUCUCCACGGCAACGCCAAGCAGAACAACUCGGGCAAGCCCGGCGCCGGCACAGCCUCGGUUCUGGACAAGAGCUUGGUGGCGAGCUGCAAGGACUCUAUCGGCUGGAUGUUCUCCAAGCUGGACACCAACGGCGACCUGUACCUGGACCAGGCCGAGCUGGCCGCCAUCAACCUGGACAAGUACGAGGUCUGCAUCCGGCCCUUCUUCAACUCCUGCGACAGCUACAAGGACGGGAAGGUGUCCACCGCCGAGUGGUGCCUCUGCUUCUGGAGGGAAAAACCCCCCUGCCUGGCAGAGCUUGAGAGGAUCCAAGUGCAGGAAGUGGCCAAAAAGAAGCCCGGGAUGUACAUCCCCAGCUGCGACGAGGACGGGUACUACAGGAAGCUGCAGUGCGACCAGGGCAAGGGGGAGUGCUGGUGCGCGGAUCAGCACGGCUCCGAGCUGGCGGGCUCCCGGAUCCAUGGCAACCCCGACUGCGAUGAACUGGUGGGCUAUUCGGGGGACUUUGGCAGUGGGGUCGGAUGGGAGGAUGAAGAGGAGAAGGAGGCAGAAGAGAAUGCAGAGGAGGUGGAGGAGGAAGAGGAGGGGGAGGCGGGAGAGGCCGAUGACGGAGGAUACAUCUGGUAGAAUACGACACGAGGAGACGUUGGCUGACGCUAACCGGCUCUCCCGUUUAUGGAAUUAAAAAAGGAUUGUGGGAACUAAAGGGGCAGACAUCUUUGAACCAAGCUGAAUGACUCUUGGGGUGGGGGGGGGAGGGGGCAGGAGGGUGGGGGGGUACCUACUUGACCAGGUUUGGUCUUAAAUAUGUGUGACACUUCAUUAUUUUUCUGUUUCUUGUGCAAGAGAGGAGUUUCCAUUGAGCAGUCUUAGCACCUGGAGUCACAAGCUCUUCAGGCCGUGGGAUGGGCCACAGUAAACAGCGCUCAGGCUAGCGAUGAACAGAUUCCUGUGCCGUAUGCUUGUGCCGUGCAAGUACAAUAUACUACCAGCAAGCAGAACAGCCCAAUCUGCAGGACAAAUUUGUGAGCGUUUCACGGCAAAUGAUUUAUAAUGAAACCUGAGAUGUAGCGAACAAGCCGUUUCGCUGCCUUUCCAGAUCCGCCAAUAUUUCUCGUUUAGGAGGCAGAUUGACGUUUAUGUCCCGGUUUCCGGAGGAUGCGGAGGGGGAGGCGUUUGGCGAGGGCCUCGGUAGAUUGAUCCCGUCCUGUGUCGCGUCGCGCUCGUCCCCGCGGACGGCGGAAAACCGUCGGCGAGAGAGAUGGGCGGGCCCCCGCGGCCACGCCCCUGGCCCGGUGCUGCCGUCACGGCGACGCGGCCGUCCGCAGCUCGGGAAGAGGGGUUUGUUCGCUCGCUUGUCACCGGCUGACAGGUCUGGAAGCAGCCCGGGCUGUCUGGGUCCAGGCAGCUGUCCCUUAUUAACAGGACACAGUCAAGCCUGUACGCCAAAUGCGUUGUGGCAGGGGGCGGAGCUGGCUGGUUCCCGGGUUUAUAGAUUAGAUUAGAUUAGAUUCAACUUUAUUGUCAUUGCACAGAGUACACGUACUGAGACAACAAAAUGCAGAAGUGCAAAAGAAGCAGUAAAGUGCAGUAAGGUAUAUGUACAUGAGUGAAUAAAUAUGAAUACAAUAUUGAUAAAUAUGAAUACAAUACAAUGUGAUAUAAACAGUAUAGACAGUUAUAAACAAUAUAGACAGUGGAUCGGUAUAAAUAUGAUAAAUAUAUUAUUAGCAAGGUGCGGCAGUGCAAGGUUGGGUGUGGGUGACAUGGAGGCCCGUGGGUGACAUGGACAAAGGAGAGCUAGCUGUGUGACAGUGCCGGGGUGGUAAAAUCAGUCCGCAGCGGUUGGCCUGAAAAUCCUUCAUGCUGCCGAGGUCCUUCCGGGUGGUUCUAUUGUUUUGUAAUUACGUCUGUGAAAGGGUGACCUGCUGGAAGGAGACUGGUUGUGUUCCUGAUGUUUCAUAAAUUCUGCGUUUGUGAUGAAAGGAAUUGAGAAUUCAUGAAUUGCUCAUAGCAUUCCCUCCUUGGGGACUGUCUUAGUAGCAUCUUUACAGUGUUUCCUUUGAGUCUCAAUAACCAUUGAAAGUGGGGCAUGUUGGAGCAUUAUUAAAUGUGCCUCUUUGGCUUUACCCAACUCUCUGAAGUACAGAGUUCUGUGAAAUGCACUGGAACCAAUCCGAUCCUGCGUGACAAUGAAAGGAUUUCAACGUUAAUGGAGUCAAAUCCAAGGCCAUUACAAUGGUUAAUCGGUUGGACUGGCUUGUCUUAGAGGUGUGAUGGUUUUUUUUGGUGGAAAAGCUAGGAGCUAGAUACUGAGAACAGUCCUGUGUUGCCUGAGGGCGACCGGUCAAUCUUUGAAGAUCCCGUCUACCCUGAUUUGAUUGCCACCAUUAAGCCAGUCAUUUGUGAUGUCAUAAGUGCACAUCACUACUGCAAGGACUGGAACCAACUUAAGCAACCACAACCCUGGGCACUAGUAUCAAGCUGCUGAAUACAAUUCGGACAUACGUACACACACACACACACACACACACACACAAACACUUCAUCAAAUGAGAUUGGUUUCAGAUUGUUGUGAUGGCUUUUGUUGAAGUGUUGCAAAUAACAAAUAUAUCCAAUGAUGAUUCAAAAUGAAUAUUUGCAAAUUUGCUAUGAUGCUGUUGUGAUGACUUGUUACAGAAAAUACUGCUUCUUAAAAUCUAAUAUCCGUAUUGAGGUAAAUUAGACAAUAUAUUUUAAAAAAUGUUGAACAUUGGGCUUCAAUUUGACCACCUUUUUACCUUUUCCCACAAGCAUACGGCUCAGUUAUGAAAGCCUGUUGCAGAGAUAUCUUUCUUAGUAGUGCAAGGAACACGGUUUGUUCCAUUGUAGUGCUUUACAUGAAUAAUAAAUAUCUGCGUUUGUUACCUACGGUGGUAAUAGAGGGAAACAGUAAUGUGUUUCAGGCACACUGCUUAGGUUAUGAGAAACAGGGUCAUUUAGUUAGGUUUCGUGCUACUGCUAAGCUGAAAAAUGUACACAUAUUCACAUGUACAUAACUAUAAAAUGUGGUAUGAAUAAACAUGACACAAUCGUUUUUGAUUAUCGUUCUAUUAUGGCUUUUUGGUAUACGUUGAACCGUCAUCUUAAAAGGCUUUUUUUGUUUGUGUUGCUUUGAGAAAAAUUGCCUCAGAACCUUUGGCUGAAACGUGUCGGAUCCAUCUUCUGUUUCGGGUUUUGUGAUGAAGGUGGUAUCUGCCUCUCAACCAGUCAGUUUAGCAUAUGGUCACCUCAGAAAUCCUCUCUCCUGUUUGCUUUGGAGUACAUAGAAAAACACCAAUGACAGCCCUUUAAACGAAAGACAGUUUUAACUGCUACUAAAUCUCACUUUUAAGAAUGUGCCACUUAAUGCUCUAUUUUCAUCAUGCUACUUGAAUUUUUUUGUUAUAAAAAUGUGUAUGUUACUUGAAGUUCUGUGUGUAUACUUGAAUACUCACAAUUAGCUAUUCUUUUAAUGGUGAGUAAAUUGUAACCAUGUUCUUGCCUGCCAUUGGUAAGGUAUAUACAUUAGAGUGUUUCUAGUAUUGCAUGUUAGUGAACAAGAAUGUACUUUUCAUUGGCUGAGCACUUUACCAUUAAAUGAAAUUGGUCUGAGAUUUAUCCUAUUUCUAUGUUAUUUUACACAUGCAGCCAAACUUAGAUUUCAAACUCUUCUGAAAUUCUGAUUAAAGUUUGAAAAGUACAUAUUUGUAAAUUAAAUGGAUUUGCUGAAGAAAACGUUUGUGUUACUUGUGGUUUAAAAGUAAACUUUUCACAUUUUCCUUGUAUGCAUACUCUGUUCAACUGAUUUUAAAUGACUAGCAUUUUGAAAUAUGUAUUACUGAUAACAUGCAUUUAGUAGAAUGUGUAUUCGUUUUAAGGCUACACACCAUGAUAAUAUUUUAUGUGUGUAUGUGUGUGUGUGUGUGUGUGUAUAUAUAUAUAUAUAUAUAUAUAAACGCACAUAUGUACACAAAGAUGUUGUUUAUCACAUUUGAAUGCGUAUGUGAAAAUAGAAAAGAAAUAAUAUAAUUUACUGUUGUCAUGACUUUAAUAUAAAACUUCUCCAAAAAUCCAAUUUUUUCCAAUUUGACUUUAGUGCAUUGGGAUUUAAUGAAUGAUUUUGCUCUCUGCUGGCUGUACGCCAAUGUUGGCCACUGAUGGAGUUUCUUGGGUUGGCAGUAACAUCUUGCAUGUUUAUAUUAUGGAGAUAAACAAGUGUCGUAAAUAUUUGCCUUUCAAAAGAUGGCAAACGCAUACUCACAUUGACAAUGCUCAAGAGGAAUUAUUUGGAUACAAAAUAAAUUAUGAUUAAAUGUGUAUUUUUGUGUUCACAUCUAAAAAAAACCCUAAAUGUUAAUGUCACAGAUUUUUUUUUUCAAUUGCGAAUUACAUAGGUUCCAUUUUUGGGUGUGUUUGCAAAAACCCCCCUGCCCUUUUUACAGUAAAGGCACAGGCAAUCGGAUUCUGUGAACAAGCUGUUUUAAUUCCAGUUUCAGUUUUAUCAUCUGGCAAAGCUCACCUUUUU